AUGUCGGAACAAAAACUUUGGGAAAAAAUCUUGCAAGAGUCCUCCCAAAGAGAUCAGCACCCUGAAGGCAACCUUAUAUUGGUCGGGAGAAGAGACUGCGGAGUAAAGCAUUUCAUAUCGGUUGUGCAAAAAGGUCCAGGCUCGCUCGGUAAAAACUCAGUAUAUUCCCAACUUAUAGCUCCAGAUGAUCCUAUUCCUAUCACUUCCCCAAUUCACUAUUCUCAUAUAAAUGCAAAGAACAUUGAAGAUCCUCAAUCUCUUAAGAUAUCUCGAAUUAAUAUUUGAACAUUAGAUCAUCCCCAAUUAAAAGAUCUUCUUGAAUUUGCAUUAAAGCCAAAACAACUCAAUAAAGGUUUAAUAAAAAUUUUUUGAUUUUUUUUAGGUAAAAUUAAUUAUUUUUUAAAAAAAAUUAUUAACCUCAAUAAAACUAUAUUUGGCAUCGUUUUAGACUGAUCACAGCCAUGAACCUUCUUAGAAGACCUCCAUCAGUGAAUUGAAAUUUGGCAUGAAAAACUGGGAAAAGUUUUAAGCUCAUUGCCACUCGACGACCAAGACCAAAUGGUCCAGGGUGUUGAAAGAUAUAUGAAAGCUUAUAAAGACCCCUCUGAAGAAACAAAAGAAGAAAAAAUUGACGAAGCGGUACAAGAAAUACCACUUCCCGAAGGGGUAUUACAGGUAAAUUUAGGAGUUCCUAUUGUCAUUAUUUGUUGUAAAAGUGAUUUAAUAUGGUCUGUAGAUAAAAGCCGAGACCAAUGUGAGCGAAUUUUGGAUUUUACAUUAAAAUCAUUAAGGGAGUUUGCAGUAACGUAUGGAGCAUCCAUUAUUUAUACAUCCUCAAAAACAGGAAUCAAUGUGAACACUUUUUACAAUUACAUUGUGCAUAGGCUUUAUGGGUUUAGGUUUACCCAAAAAGCCCAGAUUAUUGACAGAGAAAGCAUUUUUAUACCUGCAGGGUGGGAUUCACCAAACUUGAUAAGGGAAAUGGACUAUCUAGGCAUAUUAGAGAAACAGUUUAAUGAUUUAUUGCCGAAACCGAGAUAUCGAGGGACGAAGAAAGAAGAAAUCCCUUUUGUAUCUGACCAAGAUUUUCUACUCCCCCAUGAGCAUUUUCAUAUUAAUUUUUUUUAACUUUAUUUUAUAAAAAUACUUGUAUUUAUAAGAUUUUUAAAAAAAUUCGUUAAAAUUAAUAGUAUUGUCAGCUUUUUAGGAAAAAUGAAAAAUCUCCUUUAAGGUUUAAGAUACCUAAUCAGACUUAGGCUAUAUAAGGUAGGUCUCCUAGACCAUAUUUUUUCUGGCCAGUGUUCUCUGUUGGGGUAUAGCGAUCUAUUAUGAUGCAUAAAUUUAUUUAUUAUUUAAAGUGUUAAAAAAAAUUCGAAACUAUUGCAAUCACAAUUAAAUUAUUUUUAAUAUUUAAGAAAUACAAAAAAUCAUAUGCAAUCUUUUACAGCCAAGAAGCACCCCUUUUCUGAGUAUAUUCUCAUAAAAAUAUUUGUUUCUGAACAUAUAAUUAUGUAUAAAUUCUUAUAAAAAAAACAUUUUUUCUUCUUAAUAGUGCCUAAAUCAAUAUAAGCUCUAUAUGGCGAGUUAGUGCAAGUCCAAGAAAGGCUUUCCAAGACAAGUAAUGAUAAAGCGAAGAAUGUAGUAGAUAUCUUAAGGCCUGCAGGCAUUUCUUUUAACACUUCUAGCGAUAGUAACCCCGCUCCUGAUAGUUCAAGUGAUACUCAAGGAAGGAAGAACGAGAAUCUAAAAAUGUUUUAUGAGAUGCUACUGAAAAAAGGAAAUAAAGAAGACUCUGAAGCCUAG